GAAAGAUCAAUAUGUUGAAGAAUAUCAAAACCUCAUCAACUUUGAGAGCAGUCUCUUUGAGCCCAAAAAGAGCAUUUUCUCAAUACAAACCAACAAGAAAUGAGCAUCAUGAUCAUGACCAUCAUCACGGAGAGACACUUAAUGAGGAAGAAAAACUCUCAAGUUCAUACAUUUACGGAUUUAUCGCCACUGGUGCAGUAGUUGCGUAUUGGGCAAUUAAUCAAAGCUAUGCUAAAUCACAUAAUGGUGAAUCAUUAACAUCUAAAAUCUUGACACCUGUUAAGCAAAAAGAAGAAUUAAUCGAAGAUAUGAAGGUUUAUAAUGAAAAACUUAAAAAAUCUUCAGAUCUAAGAGAUGCAAUGUCAAUUCCUGCUCCUAAUAAAUUGUUUCAUGAAUUCACUUCAAUGCAAGUUAUCCCAUCUGGCUCUCCUUCAAAUUAUGUUCCUGGUUCACAAUUAGAUCUUGAUAAUAUUGGUCCAAGAAGACAAAAAAAGAGCAUUUUUGAUUAGAAUUUCAAUACUUAUUUAUUCAUCUAUUUAUUUACUUAUUUAUUAUUUAUUAUUAUUAACU